CUCCGUUACGGGGUAUCACGGAGCAUCAUGGCCUUAUCUCGAUUAUUUGCCACUUAUAAGACUUAAAAACGUCCCGGAGGGGUGUGGAGCAGGAUGCACAUCACAUGCAGAAGAAAGAUCCUGAAGUAUGAGGAAGUGAUCUGAACAAGCGAUAACCAUUGAAUCUCAUACUUGUGACCGAAUUCACACAACAUUCAGCAGUUAAGCAGCAACCUUGACCAUGGCAGCUAUAUGAAUCCAGUGAUAGUGUUAAGACCUUGAUGGACACUGUUUAUCCCCUUGUUACUUAACGUAAACAGAGUUUAAGGAUGCUUCCUUAUUAGAGCUUAAAGUGUGAAAGUGCAAAUAGAAAUGGUAGUGAUGUCUGUCCGGUGUAAGAGAAAAUGAACUCGAUGCACAACAGUUUUGGUGGGUCUGGAGGGUACCCGGGGCCCUACCCUGGCUAUGUGCCGCCCCCAGCUGCCCUCCCCUACUACAACGGCUACCCAGGUGACCUGACUCAAGUAUCCAGCCCCUAUUAUGGCAAGCCAACUGCCGUCCCUCCAGGUUAUUCCUCAGGCAUGGGCAGCUACUCUGCUCCACCCAUCAAUAACUCUUCUAUGUACUAUCAGCAGUACGGGCUGGGCUACCAGUACGGCUACACAAAAUAUGGCCUGGGAUCGGGGCUGGGCUCAAGCCUGGGCUCCAAUCUUGGCUAUUCUUCAGAGCUUGCGGGAGCCUCCGGCAUCACCCCACCAUCCCUGGGGGGUCUGCAGGCUCCUACCACUGACUUAGGGCUAACUGGCUCAAUGUUUUCUAAAGGAAAAUUUAGUGGAGGACAAGGAAGUCCUUCACCACUGGCUAGUGGAUUGGGAGUUGGCCAUGGAGGAUCCUCAUCUCUUCUUUCACCUGUUACUUCCACUCCCCCAUCACCUGGGCCACACAGUAUAACAGGUGGUCUAGCAGGCACUGGGGCCACACCAAGUCCCCCAGUAGACAUAAUUGAAUCCAAGAAAGAUUUAGAUAAGAUGCGGCGGUGCCAGGUGUGUGGGCAGGUGUUCCGUCUGAUGAGUGAAUGUUUAGCACACAUGAAGUCUGUUCAUGCUGUGCAUGAACCACCUCUCAGUAUGUACAGCCUGCAACAUGGUGCAGGGAGUCACCUCACUCAAUCUCUUUCGUCUGCUGCUUCCUCAGGAGUUCCAUCAACCCUCACAUCUAGUUUAGGUCCUCCCAACAACACCAGAACAGGUGGAGUUGGUGCUCCAGACAGCCCUCUUAUGGCAUUAGAACGUAUGGGUUGGGGAGAAAAACAGGGUCUACUCCCUUCACUGCAUGCACCCCCAUCUCCCCUUACACCCGCCUACACCCCAGCCCCAGCUGUCACCCCCGGGCCACAGCACCCGUCCACCCAGCACCUGUCCACUCAACGCUUGUCUACGCAACACCCAUCAAAUACACACCACUCAUCCCAGCAUUCUUCUCAACAUCCAGCCUCCCAAACCCCACCUGCCCCACAUCCACUAAUGGAGACAAAUCAUGGUGACCACCACAGCACCAGAACCCCCAUAAGUAGCUUAUCCAUGACAUACUCCAUGAGAGCAGACCCACAUGUAUCUCAGGCCCAGAGUAGACAUGUUUACACUGCCUGUUCUGUACCAGAAAGCCUUUCUGUCAGUGACUCAAGAACAGAGGCGACCCUGAGCUCAAAUUACAUCAAGCCUCGGAAAAGCAAUUCUUACUCUGUAUCAAGCAUCAUUGGAGAAACAAGUGAGAGAAUAGGUGAAAGAGGAAGUAAUCUGCCUCAAGAGCCUUCAAAUAGCUAUACAGUUCAGAGUCCAACAAGAAGACAGCAAUCACCCGCUACAAGACCAGUAGCAACAGACGUCUACGAACAACAUAACAAUAUUAACGAACAAACUCAAGAUAGCCACUGCCCACAAAAUGCCUCUCGGACAGUCAAUGAGGAGUAUGCAGCACACAGUAGAGAAAUGCCUCAGAAAGACCAGUUAAUGACAAGUGAACAACAGAAGCAGCAGCAACAAAAACAACAACAGCAGCAGCAACAUCAUCAUCAACAACAGCAUCAGCAUCAACAUCAACAUCAGCAGCAUCAACAACUACAACAAAAGCAUCAACAACAACAGUGUGAAGGACAAAAAGGUAUAUUAACACCCCGUGGUACACCUGAUAAACAACCUGAUGAACAGAAAAUUGUGGCUGCAGAUGAUAAAAAAGAUAUGCCUGAAGACUUAUCACAACAUGCCCAGUCCUCUCCGGCUCGUAGUCACAGUGUUCUCUCCACGCAACACAUAUCCAGGGACGAUGCUUCACUGGAACGUGAUGAAGUCCACAGUGACAAACAAGAAGGCAAAACUCAACUUGGGAGACAUCAAGAAGAAACUGUGGAAGCCUCUCAGGUGAACUCCCCUUCUCAACAGAAGGAGGAAGAGCAGAACAAUGCUGCUGUUUUCCAGCAGCAGCAGCCUAGUCCACAAGAGAAUAUGAAUCACAAGUCUAUAACACACCCGGAUACCAUAGGAUCAAGUGAUCAGAGCCAGCAGCAGGGGAAACAGUCAUGGAGUCCAGCACAACCGCACAGUUAUGGCCCACAACAACAGGCAAGCUACCAGCCGAGUGAACAUCAGCAAAAACAACAUCAACAACAGCAGCAGCAGCAGCAGCAGCAGCAGCAGCAGCAGCAACAACAGCAGCAGCAACAACAGCAACAACAACAACAACAACAACAACAACAACAACAACAACAACAACAACAACAACAACAACAGCAGCAGCAGCAGCAGCUGCCACCCCAACAACAGCAGCAGCCAUCACAACCACAGCACCAGCAAGCAUCACAACAGCAUCAACAACAACCACAGCAGCAGCUUCAGCAAUCCCCACAAAUGCAUCAACAAUCUUCACAACAACACCAACAACCUCCACAAGCACACCAACAACCACAACAACAAAACCAGCAGCAACAGCAUCAGCAGCCACCACAGCAUCACCCCCCCACUUCGCAACAACGCCAGCCACAGCAACAGGGUUAUCCUGGCUGGUCUGGUGGUGUGGGAUCUGGAUACUCUGGACCAGGUGCUCAGUACUCUUAUGGAUAUUCUCAGGGCAGCAGUGUUCAAAACACCACUGGAAACUCACAUUCCCAGCAGCCCCCUAUGGCAGCACACAAGUCUUCAAAUUAUCACCCAAUGCAGAAUAAUUAUGCUGGACCCUAUGGAGGGCCCCCAGGUACUGGAUACCCCCCUGAACUAGCCAGCAGAGGAGCAUCAGGUCAACAGGGUUAUCCUCAGAGUCUGUGGUAUGCUGCUGGGGGUGCUCGAAUGGAUUCCAAAUCAAGCUGGAAUCUUUGGACUAGCCAAGUUCAUCAGUCUUCAGGCUUUCCUCAGUCUUAUGGCCCAUUUUCUUAUCCAUCUCCCAGUCAACAGCAAAAGCCACAGCUACCAUCACAGUUGCAGCAGCCAUCACAGCAGCACCACUCACAGACAUCACAACAACAUACACAAACAUCUCAGAAACAGUCACAACCAUCUCAUACACCACCACAACAAAUGCUGCAGACUCAACAAGGUCAAUUACAAGCUCAGACGCCCCAGCCAUCGCAGCUUCCAACACCGUCACAGACUCUUCCCCAGCAACAACAACCACCAGCCCAGCAACCACAAGCAUCACCACAACAGUCACAACCACCACAACAGUCACAACCAUCACAACAGUCACAGACACCACCACAACAGUCACAGACACCACCGCCACAGUCAGAAACACCACCGCAACAGUCAGAAACACCACCACAACAGUCAGAAACACCACUGCAACAGUCACAACCAUCCCCACAACAGUCACAGCUGCUUCCACAACCUCAGCAGUCAGAGUCAUUGCAACCAGAACCCCAGACUCAACCUUCACCACAAGAUAACCAAGAGGAAGAGGAACCCCAACAGGAGGAACCCCAGCAGGAGGAACCCCAGCAGGAGGAACCCCAGGAGGAACAGCUUACAGCUAACCACCACGGAGAGGAGGAAGCCGACAACCCCGCCCUCCAUCGGAAGUCGGUGGAGAAUCAUAGUAUAUACCAACACCAGGAAGACCUCCCUCUCACCACAAAUAACACUCUUCCUAAGAAACCUAUUUAUAAGAUUGGCCCUAAAAGUAAAACUCUGGCAGCUAAACAGUAUAGUCAGAUAGAUGACCUAGAUAAUUACAAAUGCACAAUCACAGUGCAUGAAAAUGGUUCUGUGAAUGGAUAUGGUGUUUUACCCACUCAUCCUCUUGCAGUCAAAACCAAUUCCCAGUCUUGUGAUUCUUCUGAUAGCGAAGUCAACAGUGAAGAUGGGUCUCCAACUUUUGUGCAGCUCAGACCAGCCAAACGACGUCGGAAAAGCCAGAGUCGGGAGGGUGUGUUUAUUGGGCCUAAGCGUGUAAAACAGGCUCGGCUCGUACGUGAACGACAGGAACGUCGCCAUCGCAGUCUUCAAGAGCAGCUGAGGCAGAAUGAAUUAGAGGAAGAAAUUCAAGCAAUAAGAGUAGAGAAGUCAAGUGAGGAAGAUGGCCCACUUGGCAACAUGUUAGUUCAGUCAUCAAUAAUCUUGGCAGACACACAGAUGGAGGAGCAGGAUAAUGUUGAGCAGUGUGUUGCAUCAAUCAAGGCCCAUCAGCUAGCCAUAAACUCAUCAGACAUCAAUAAUGACCUUGAAAAUUUUGAUAAAUCAUCUUUGAAUGCAUCUGGACAGGGAGUAGGAAAGAAGGCUAAAAAAUCACACACUAGUAAAGUGUUCCAUAAUGAGAACUCUGUGAUCAUCAAGCACCUUCCCCCUACAGUGUCUAAACGGAAACUGAGAGCUAAAGACUUUAAGUGGAGUCAUUACAUCAAAUCUAUGAGAUACUGGUGUAGUGAUUGCGCUCAUGGCUUCAAAAACCAAAAGGAAGUUUCUUCACAUUCAGAGGACAGAUGCAAGUGGAACUGUCUCUACAUGCUGGAGUGUUACAUUAUUGUGAAAGAUGUGCAGUCUCAUCCUCAUUACGGACCCAAGGUUCAGGAACUUCUUGAGGAGUACCAAGUGGAUGGACAGCACAAGUGUAAGACAUGUGGAGAGAUAAUAGCUCGCAAAGCAGACUUUUUGGUGCAUGUUGAUUCCCACAAAGAUUUCAUGCCAUGGGAGUGUACCAUCUGUGGGACCCGCUUCAAGAUCCGGGGUUCUCUAAAGGAGCACCUACGUUACACGCACAUGAAGGGCCGAGUACCUUGCCUCAAGUGCAAUAAGGUGUUCCCCACCUCCACACUACUGAGACAGCAUGUUAAGGUGCACACUCAACACUACAAGUACAAAACCACUAAGAAUCGCGACGAGGAAUUGAAAGCGGCUGUGGAGGCCACUGCCGGCGCUCUGGAUCCCAGUGCUGAAGUGGUGGAAGACGAGGCGGAAAAGCUCUCUGACGAGGCCAAUGAGUACAGGAACUGGUGUAAGCUGAUGGAGCUCAAUGCCAUGAAGAACAUUGGUGCCAACACUAACACCCCUCCUUCAGAGGAAAAGAAGAAAAAUGGAACUUCCAGUUAGUGUUGGUUGUGGGUGUUAGGCAGUGAUGUGAGUGUAUGUGUGGAGAAGGAGCUUAAUGGUGGUGUUAGUGGUGGAACACACAGCCAUGACACAGUCCUCAGUCCAAGUUAGAUAUUAACGUGUGGCUCAUCAACCCUCAGGAAGGGACUUCUCUUGUGUUCAUUGUGACGGAUGGAAAAUAUAUCGUAAGGUGUUCCUUUCAGAUACUGAGGCAGAAGUGAAAGUAUUAUAGAAAGAAUGUAUAGUGUUUAGUUGCACCCCUUUAGAGAGUAUCAGAGAAAAGCUGUUAGAGGUACAUAAUAUGUAGAAAAAAUUCUUUCAUCUGUUGGAAACAGGAAGAGCAAUAAUGUUAGUAUUAAUGUGGUAAGUUUAAUACAGGGCAGUUAACUCAUCUUUUGAAAGUCAAAUUAGAAUACAAUAAGAUUGUUAUUCUGGUAUAAGUGAAAAAAAAGGAAAUUACUAACCGAUAAUCUUUAUUUUAAAUCAUGAUUCAUAUUGGUGUGAUAAAUAUAAGUUGGUAUAUGAAUCAAGUGUUCAGUGUGUGUACAUAUGGUGCAACAGAGAAGGCAAAGCUAUCCAGGGAUGAUACAGAACUGAUACUAUCACUGGACAGUCUGCCUUUGUACCUCUGAGUGCCAUAGAACUGUGAUUGUGGUGCAGUACUCGGUGCAUGGGUCCGUUGUGGACUUAAAAAACACUCAUACUCAAGGCAGGGGUUGAUGUUUUAUACGGCAUAGGAAUCUCGGUAAGGUCCACCAUGCUCGUCUCCAAGACAAAUGUGUGGGUGACUUCAUGUUUAUAGCAGCUUCAUAUCACAUGUUUGUACAUAAUGACAGUGUGUGAGUAGUUUAUGUAAGUACGUGACCACCAGUGUUGUGCUUUGUUUGUCUAAUUAAUUAUAGAGAUUUAAAGUGUUCAAAGAUAGGGACUCUAACUUAGAUUUUUAUUUGUACUUAUGAUUGUUUUCUACUACAACAUAAUUUGUGGUUAUAGGCUAUUUUUUUGUCUAAAAUAGUUGUGAACUGAAAGCAUUUACAUAAUAUGCAGAUUUUGUGUAUCUGCAUAUAGCAUUUAUGAACAGCAGGUAAUUUGCUUUUAGAUAUGUUGCCUCAGCUUAUAGCUUCUAUUAUCUAAUGCUAGAGACAAGUGUACAGGUGCAAUGUAAGUAUCUCGGUGCUGCGCUUCUUGGCUACUGUUGGUUACAGAGCAAACAGGGUGACUUAUGUUAGGAGUUAAAGGUUUAUCAGGUUAAUUUUUAUUUCUACACUAUUUGAUAAGGUAUUUAUUUGCUUAGCUGACAGUUACUGCAGUGUGCACAUCCUGUCUUUGCUUCCUGUGAGGUGAUGAAUGAUGGUGAAUGUGCAUGAGGUUUGUGAUACAAAUGAUAACCUGAUGUGAGUGGUGUUGUUGUAAGUGAGGUCGACAGGUAUCCACUGAUAGACAUGAUAGUGGCUGAAAUAUUAGUGUAAGCAUUUUUAAGUGAUAUACAUAUUUUUUCCCUAAGAACUAUUGAAUGAUCAUUAAGAUUAAAGAGUUUCUGAUGAUUGUUAGCGUUGCUUACCAUAUGGUUUGUAAUAUGUGUUCCUGUAUGUGCAGGCACUGCUAACUUUGUUAUGGUUAACAAGAGCUGUCCAUGCAAGGGUAUAUCAAUGUCUCUCUAAGAGUUUUGUUCAUUAUGAUCUUCUGAACCAGGGUUUGCGCUAGAUAUUUUUCACAAAGGAAAUUAAUUUGAAAGUUUGAGUAUUAUACAUUACCUUAAGUGUGGCAAGGAUUAGUUUAAUAUAUGUAAUCUACUCUUAAAAUUUCAUUAAGAAGGAUUCACUUCAAAGUACAGAAUAUGGAAAUGUUAACAUUUGAAAUGAGUACCUGUACUUUAUAGUUUUAUUUGCUAAAUUUAUUAAUUGUAGUUUGAGAAUUGAAGGGAAAAUCAAAAUCAAACUUCAGCCUGCUAAUGCCCCCCCCCCUUCCCCCCCCCUCCACACACACACACACAUACAUAUUAUAAAUUUUUGGUUUGAAGUUUGUUUAUUUACCUCCAUUUACAUAAUCUGAGGCUGUUGGCAGUAGAGGAUAAUUUGAAUUUGACUGUUAAGUAACAGAGUUAUAGUUUUUCAUUUAGCAACAGUAUUAUGCAGCUGCAUACAGAUAAUUUUUGGACUGUGAGAAGAUAUUUAUACUCAGAAGUUACAAAAAAACAAAAGGCAAAAUAUGAUGUUUAUCUUUUUUGUGUGUUUAUAGUGUCCUUUCUAAGAAUAAAUCCCUUAUUGUUGUAGCAUGUUACGUAUUCAUAAAAAAUGAGGAGCUUGAAUAAAACAUUAUACUUCACACAUUACAAAAUGUGUUGCUUGUAUUGAAGAAUUGAUGAACUUGAUCAUGUAUUUUACAAUGAAACCUGUAAUUUCAUCCAUGAUAUUGAACAGUUCAUAAAAACAACAUGAGGCAGUAAUGCCUUGAUAUUAGAUCUUGUUGAAUAUCUUCCCUUAUAAUAAGUAAAGACAGUAGAAUGACAGCAAAACCACCUCAGGUGUAUUUUAUGAUUGAGAUAUGGUCCACUUGUUCAUAUUUUGAUCCGUGUUCUGUUGAAAAUUCAGGAUUGUCAGAAAGUUCAUAAUUUAAUUGUCUUCAGGAAAGAAAAUUCUGGAACUUUUUCAGUUUUUCAGAAAAAUUUUGAAUGUUUUAUGAACUCACAAAAUAUUUGUUUUGAUUAUAAUUAAAAAAGAAAUUUCUUUAGUCAGAUGUAGAACAAAAUAUAAAAGGAGAGAAGUUUAAAAUUCCUUUUUUUCAGUUUCGUUUCUAACAUUAUUAUAAAAGCUUUUAUUAAGAACAUGGAGUAAGUUUUCACAAGUCACUUUGUUCUACAGUAUGGUAGAAAAGAACUUAUAUAAUGUUGAUUUGAUUGUUUGUGUGGUGAACACUUCAGAUCGCUAAAGAUUAGUGAUGAUCAUUAAAACAUGACAAAAAGAUUCACCAUUCUCGUAAGCUUUUCCUUGGUAUGAUGCAGUAAAUCCAGACAGGUGCUGAUACUGAAUCUAUCAAUCGUUACAUAAUGGGUUACCAUACUUUACCUAUGUUAGUCUGCCAAAAGGUUGUUCCAACAUUGGCAGUUGUUUCCAAUAAUGUACUUGACUCAUGUUAUUGUUUAAUGUAUAAAGCUAAGGCUCAAACCUGGGUUCUUUUGCUUACAAAGCAAAUACUCUACUACUGAGCUAUUGAGACAAAAAGUAUAAUGAAAUAAUAUUGUCCACUGUUGCAAAGCGUAACAUUACAGUCAAUGAAUUUCUCACCAAGAGACAGUAAGCUUUAUGGGUCUUGGUAAGUUCCCAUUGCAAAUCGGUAAUUACCUCUAUGAAUUUCUUUUACCUUUGCUCCUUUGAGUUUGCAAGAACUUUUUCACACAUUGGAGCAAACAAAACAUAAUCAUGGAAUUUAUUUUGUGCUGUAUCUGUGUUACUCUUAGACAACUGGUUAUAGUGAAAGUAUAAGCUAAACUUUUGAGGAUUACAGUUAAGGCACAUUAGAAGUGAAUGAAUUGAUGAUCUUUCUCAAGUGUAUAGACAUACUGAUAUAGGUGGUGACUGUCUUGAUGUAACUAUCAUAUAUCCAAAAUUAUUCAAGGGUAAUGCACCUUGGUAGCAGUGUCCAUAUAUGAUCUCUUUCAUGCACUCUAUAGGCUUUCUAGAACACCUGAUUGCAGUUAUUGCCACGAAUGGUGUUUGGGUGUAAAAGGGUAUACAAAAAGAGAUUGGAAUUAAACUUCUCAGGGCAAGCUGUGUUUUUUUACGCUUUGAACUAUAGAUUUCGGUGAAAGUUCAUGAAAAAUGUCUCGAUAAAAACAAAGAAGCUAGUUAGACUUGAAUGUAUGAGACAGUGUAAGUGCAUCUGGAUUGAGUAGACAUACAUGCCGACAACAUAACUGCCUAAAUGCUCAAAUUUGGCUGGAUCUCAAAUAUUUUUCAGAUGUGCUUGAGUUUCCUAUCUUAAUCAACUUCAACUAAGUCAGCUCAUUUUUUUUCGGGUUUAUUUUCUCUUUGUGUACAGUAUUUGCGUGAUUUUGUUCCCGAAUUAAAGUUAUAGGCAAAAUUUAUUCUUACUUGAUUUGGCAGCUUGUGGGACCAAGUCUUUUGUAAAAUACAUGAAAGGAGUUUUAGUGUUUGUCACUAGGACAUUUCACUUAAGUUAAGCUUCUUUUUCUCUCUUCAAUGAGAGUUAACUUUUCGCCACAUACAUUAUAUGGACGGAUAUUUGCCACUAUAAUAGGGAAAUGUAGGCAAGUUUCUGUUUGUUUAUCUAUUUGUGUGUGUGUGUAAGUGUAUUUGUAUAGGUACAAUACAGUCAUGAGCCAAAUUGUAUCCUCGAGAUGAAAGUGGAAGAAGUACUAGAGCUGCUGGUAUAUCCAUUGACGCACUGUAAUAUCUCAUUUGGAUUUACUAAAGUAUGUACUGUAUCAGACAGGAGUGUAGACAGGCUGUUGUUCAUGACUGUACAGUAUAGUGUAUAUGUGGCCAUACAUGUGUGCAAGAAACAAAGGUUGUGCACAAGCAAAGAAAAUAAAGGUGUCAGCUACCUGUUAUUGAAGAUUUUCUUGUUUAUUAUAUCCAGGAACAUAUAAUGCAUUUGUAUUUUGGUGCUAAUGUGAAAAGAUCCAAGAUGUUAGCAGUAUUGAUGUCAACAGGUGUAGCUGAAUUAACUAAACAGGGUAACACCAGUAAUAAGUUGCUUAAUGCCACUGCAGACAUGAUGCUCUUGUAUCACCUUUGAAAUAUUUGUUAACACUUCAUUGUCUUCAAAUUAUUCCACAAACAAGGGAAACACAUAAUUUAGCAAUGAUAUAGAAAUACACCAAGUCUACAUACAUUUUAACAUGCUGCUGGGAACAUACACAUUAAAGUGGCAUGUAUCAGAUGUCCCCAGAAAUUCACUACUUUGCAAUAUUGUCUUCACCAUCUCGUAAAUAAUUUCCUCAGUGCCAUAUGACAAGAACUUAGUGUUGGCAUGAGAUCUUAUUCAAACAAAAAAAGUCUCCCAGUAAAUUCAUAUACAGUAUAUAUAUUAAUUACUACUUAACUUGAUUGUAAGUACUGUACAGUACUGCCUUUGUCUUACUGUAGGGGUAGCCCAUAUUUGAGCUUUAUUGCUAAUUACUUUAAUGAUUAACUUCUUUUUUAACUUGCUACAUUGUAAAGAUAUUUUGUGCAACUAGCGUGGACCCUGUAUAGUGAGUGCUGGCCACAUCUCCUUAACUGUGACUGCAGCUAAACUUGGCACUCUGUCUUAUUGUACUUUGGUGCUAUCUUUAUAAUUUAUACACAGGUUGUGGCCUACAAGAAAAGAGUUUUAUAUGUGUAGGUUACCCAAAAUAAGAAUGCUGCUUUUAUUGAUAAAUAUCUUUACGUUUUUUUUUUUUUUUAUUAGGUGAGAAUACUGUAGUCUCUUGUGUGCGUUGCUGUCACUCAUCAAUGAUAAAGUGGUUAUUCUGGUCUGAUUGAUUUUCACUUUGUUGUCAUUAAUUUAAAUUUUACAUUUUGUGUUGAAUUGUCAAAAAUAAUGAAGUACAGAAUACAGUGAUUGUGAAUAGAUCUGUAGCUUAAGAACUUAAUCUGGACUACUCAUUAAACGAUUUACUGUAUGUACUCUGAUAUUUGUUUUUACUUGACUUUAUUGUAUUUUUUAAGUUAAUGUGAGACUUCCACUUUGUCACUAAGUGAAACUAAAUGGCAUGGCUGUAAUUAGAGAAAGAGAAGCACUAAUAUUUUGCUGAAUUUGGCAUGCAAAUGACCAAAAGUGUGAUUCAUCAUCUCAAGUUUUUUGAUCAUUGGUUUAUGUUUAAUAAUGAAAGUGUUGUGAGAGUUGAUCCUUAUAUACUCCUGUACCAUAUAAUUGGGCUUCCAUAUUUUGUUGAAUGGAGAAUUAACCAGAUAUCCAAGGUUGUUAAUUUAGUGUUUUUGGUUGUAAUAAUCAGUAAAUUAUUGAUUCUUUAUUUUCCUGUCAUUUGUAUUUGUGGUGGGAUUUUAAUCAGCUGAACAAGCUGCAUAAAAUGUGAAUGAAUCAGACAAUAGUUUCAUUUGUGUAAGUGGAUUUUUUUUUUUUUUUUUUCACUAUUGUUGAUACCACACAAGUGUGUGUGAUGCUGGGAAACUUAACAAAUUAUUAGAUGAAGAAAAAACUAUUUUAAGAUUUGGAGUGAAGGAUCUUUUGAAGUCUUCCUACAAUGUAAUAAUAUCAUGCAUUGUCUCACUUCCAGGUAUCGUUCUCCAAGGUACAGUAAGCUGUUUACACUUGAAAUUUACUGAUUUCUCAUUUUGUUUAUAUUUGUGUAAGAAGCAGCUCUUCCUUACGUUUCUUUGACUAGAUAAUCAAGUUUGUAAACAUCAUUUUGGUGGUGAAGAGAAAACUGAAUCCAAUCUUGUUGAAAAUAUAAUUGUUUAGAAAUACAGUAAUACAUUGUUCAGUUUGAUGGAGGUUUGUAAUAUACUGUACUGUACUGUGCUGUAGUUGCUUCAGGACAUAAAACUUUUCUUUUUUAAUAUUUAUAUUUUUUCAUCUUUUAUUUAUAUGUGCAUUUUUUGUGCCUGUCACUGUUAAGCUGUUAUUUUAUCUUUAGCUUUAUUUGUUAAAAGCUAAUUUUUUUUUUUUUUAUCAAUUAAAGUACCAUAUAUGACUUUCAAGUCGACUUGUGUGAGUGUAAACUUGUCAAGUGGUUGUGCAUGGCAGCUCUACAAAAGUACAUUUGUUUCAUGGCUGAUUUUCUUACCUUUUUUUAUAUAAUUUUGUUAAUUUUUAUAUUAAGUUAACUUACAGUGGUUGUUUUAUACAUUGAAUUAUCACUUAGACAUAACUAAUUAUAGACUAAAUGUAGUAAUUCUACAUGAAGUAUAAGUACAAUUAAUAUUGUACUUUUCACAAUCUGUACAAUACUGUACUCUAGUGUAAUUUAUGUUCUUUAAAGGC